UCUCUCUCUCUCUCUCUCUCGGCCCUUGGCGACCGCUCUCUCUCUCUCUUGCCGCUUCUCCUUUCCUUGCACUGACAAGCUCUGCUUCACACUUAGAACACACGCGACUACGCGAGCGACAGAGAGAGUGAGGGGUGGAGGGCGACUGGCGAGGAAGAGAGGUGACGAGGUGGAGGGAGAACGGCGGAAGGUACUCUUUUUUUUUUUUUUCUUUUCAGGACAAAGGAAUGAAAAGGGCAAAAGGCCUUCCGCCUCCCCUCGUCGCCAAGGUCUCCUUUUGACCGUUCCGAUAGCUACUUCUCCUUGUUUUCCAUGAGCGUUUUCUAGCGUUUUUUUUUUGUUCCUCCCAAAAUCUCUCCUUUUCUGGAAAAGCAAUGGCAGAGGAGAAGAAGCCGCUCGACUGGAACACCGCGGAGGAGAAGAAGCUCGAUCUGAGGCUUGGCCUCCCUGGAGAAGGAGAGGACUGGUCGCCGUCGCCGGAGAAGGGAAAAAAGUUCCUCCCUCUUGAGGCCUCCCUUUCCCUCGGGCACGUCUCCAAGGUGCCAAGAAGCAACAAUUUCACUGCUUCCCCUGCAACCAAAAGAGAAGCUUUUCAGCAGCCGAAGCAGCUUGAGUUCAUGCAGUUGCAGAAAGCAAAGGAGAAGGCGUGUGAUGGCUUAUUACAGAACAGUUCGCAUGCAAGAAUUGCAGCCACACCUGUUGUCGGCUGGCCUCCGAUCCGUUCUUUCAGAAAGAAUCUUGCUGGAGCUCCUCAACUCUCCACCGAAUCUCCCAACGAGAGCUCUAAGGCUGCAAAAAAGCCUGAGAAUGAGAGGAAGAGCCUCUUCGUGAAAAUUAACAUGGAUGGCAUUCCGAUUGGAAGAAAAGUAGACCUCAAGGCCUACGAUAGCUACGAUAAACUAUCGUUAGCUGUUGAUGAGCUCUUCCAAGGCCUCAUGGCAGCACAAAUGGAUCCACUUGCUCUUGGUACACCAAAGAUCUCCCAAGAAAAACAAGUGAUUACUGGCUUAUUAGACGGUACAGGUGAAUUCACUCUGGCUUACGAAGACAAUGAAGGGGAUCGGAUGUUGGUUGGUGAUGUCCCUUGGGAAAUGUUUGUUUUCACUGCCAAGAGAUUGCGCGUUUUAAAGAGCUCCAAUCUCUCUACAUCAUCUCUGGGUGCAGUCAGCAGGAAAAGAUCAAAUGGAUCUUGAUUCGCAACUUCAACGUUUAAAAGCUAUCUGCAAGGGAUGUUUUCUUUCCCUCGUCGUUUCCUACUUUUGUGUGUUUACUUUGAUGAGUUUUCGCUGAUGAGAGUUUCGGAGACGGAAAUGAAUUGAAAAUGUAAAUCCAACAUUUGAUACAUCUCUAACUAAAUAUCAUCCAAAGCAUUCGUAUAUCGAUUGCUGUUUGA